AUGGACAUGGAGACAUCCACUAAUGUGUUCUUCAACAGCACAUCUGGUUCCUUCUACAAUGUCUCCCCUGUCACCGAGGCGCCUUACCAGAACACGCUGGCAUACUUGGAUGAGAACCUCUACAAUGACUAUUACAGUCUGUGGGUUGCCCUGCUGGUCAUCAACCUGCUCAUCUUCUGUACGGGCGUGCUCCUCAACAGCCUGGCUCUCUACGUCUUCUGUUUCCGCACCGUCCCCAGAACCACGCCCGUCAUCUACACCAUCAACCUGGCCGUCACCGACCUCCUGGUGGGCCUGUCCCUGCCUACCCGCAUCAUCCUCUACUACAGCAAGGGCAAGUGCCUGGCCUGCUCCUACGUCCACCUCUUCAGCUACUUCGUCAACAUGUACUGCAGCAUCCUCUUCCUCACCUGCAUCUGCGUGGACCGCUACCUGGCCAUCGUUCAGGCAGAGGCCUCGCGCAGGUGGAGAAGCCCCACCAUCGCUAAAGGCGCUAGCGUCUGCGUCUGGCUCUUCGCCAUCGUGGUCACCUACUCCUCCCUGACCGGGGCCGUCUCACACACGGCCUGCUGCCGCUCCAAGCUGUUCGCCCUCACCGUGUUCGAGUUCCUCCUGCCGCUGGUGGUGAUCGCCGCCUUCACCGUGCGAGUGGCCUGCGCCCUGGCCAGCCCCCGCCUCAUGCGCCGUAGCCGGGAGCACCGCAUGAGGGCCAUCCAGCUGCUGCUCACCGUGCUGGUCAUCUUCACCGUCUGCUUCACGCCCUUCCACGUCCGCCAGGUGGUGGACCACUUCUGGCCGGACCUGCCGCACCGCGUGGCCGUGUACCACGCCACCGUCACCCUAAGCAGCCUCAACAGCUGCCUGGACCCGGUGGUGUACUGCUUCGUCACCAACAACUUCCGGGCGGCGGUGCGGGGCGUGUGCCGGCGGGCGCGGCCGGAGCUGGGCAGCGGGGAGGCGGUCAGCAUGCAGAGGAGCUCCAAGGGCUCGGGAGGGAGGACGGAAACCGCGUACACCCCGCCCCGCGGCGGCCUGACAGAGCCACAAAAGGGGGUAGGAGAGGACAAUGGAGACUGCAUGAAGGGGCAGGAGGGAGAGACGAGGAACGGGCAAGCGAAUGCAAAGGAAGGGACGUAA